GAAGUAGAUGCUGUGCAAGUAUCUUUAUGGGUGUUUUGUUGUAAAUAUUUUAAAAAGCAUUUUUAACUUUGAGUUCCUCAAUGUAACAAAGGCUUUGCACACCAGGCAAGUAGUGACUAGAACUAGGAAGCACUGAGGCAAAGUGGUCUGCAGUGGAAUACAACAAGGUUUACACAUUAACCAUGAAGCUCUUCUAUAAUUUUGUGACUUGGAUUUGUCUGUCAGGAAUUGGGAUUUUGUCUGCAGAUGAAAUGAAGAUACAUGAACACAGUGGAGAAACUGUCACAAUUAUAUGUUUCUACAGCUGGGCUUCAACCAAUAUAAAGUAUUUCUGCAGAGAUCCAUGUAAAGACAGUAAAGAUAUUUUAGUGAAAUCUGACCAGUCACCUACAGGAAGAUACACACUGAAGGACUCUGGAGAAGGAACCUUCACUGUGAACAUCACUGAUCUACAGGAGUCAGACUCUGGGAUUUACUGGUGUGGAGUGGACAGAUAUGGUUUUGACACAUAUCAGAAAGUCAACCUGACAGUAUCUAAUGACUCAGACACAAACACAAACAGACCCACAACUCCUAAACCAGCAGCAGGUUCUCAGUCCUCCACAGCAAAAAGUUCAUUCUCUACAUCUUCAGCAUCUGGUGACAUCACAGCCUCAUCUUCAUCAACAGGAUUUAAAGGUCCUGUUCAUUCACCCACACCAGCAUUUAAUGAGAACGGUGCACAAACUUCACUCUCCUCAGGUCCUCUGAUGUUCACGGCUGUCGGACUGACUGUUAUCUUCAUUAUAUUUGGGGCGGUUCUCUGUAUAUGGAAUAAUCAAAAGAAAAAUUUGCACAGUUCCAAGGUUGAUGCUGAAAUCCAAGGCACCACACAUACCACUGAAACUGCUGCGUGA